AUGAUGCUGCGAUUAAGAGAGGAGACGUGCGGGUCAAAAACGAAGAUAUUUGCAUGGAAAGUGUGUAUAGAAAAAUAUACACAGUGCCUCGCUAUUGUUCGGAGAUCGGGGUCAGCCGGCGAUGAUCUCUUGCAGUCGGAGGAGAUGGACACCUUCAGCAGUAAGUUACAGCAGAAGGCUCUGCAGCAACCUAAGCAGAAGAAAUCCAAGUCGGCUGAAUUUCUGAUGGGGGGAGAGGAGAGAACGGCUGUGGUGGGCAUAGACAACCCAGCCUUCGAUGGAGGAGGAAGCGCGGAGCUUUCCGUUUCUUCGCUUUGGCUGGGGAGAGAAAUUCGAGGUGACAGGCCAGAUAGCACCCUUGCAGCUCACCCAAAAAAAAUGGAGCUGCAAGCCCCUGCCAAAGAAAGAGGAAAUAAUCACACUCAAAAUUACUUUGACCCGUUGUCGGCAGAGCAGACGGACCCAAGGCAUCACAGGAUGACUGGGGUCAGCGCCGAAGAUGAGCUUGAAUUAACAAUGUUGGAUGCUGAUGAAAACCGGCUGUAUCAAAGAAUGGCUGCACUGCUGGAUGAGGAUGAUACCUUCAUAAAUAUACCCGGUACGCUGCUAGCCUCCAGGGAUGAGGAGGUGUUGGAGGUGAAGGCGGGUGAUCCGGUGCUUCAGCGGCGACUGCUGCUCCACAGCGGUGGUGAUGCCUCGGGCUCCCGGCCCUCCCAGGCCCACACCAUUGCCAAAACCCAGGCUGGGGCCGGUGCUGGGCUGGGAGGAGAGGCUGGACUCGAAGCAGGGAGGAUGGUAAUGGGCAGAGAGAGCACUGUAAAAAUGAGGACAGCUAAGGAGGCGAUCCCCCGCUACGCCCAGCAGCUGAGGGAGCGCGUGCGGCCUGACAUGAUCACGCUUGGCAGCCUUUCACUGCAGCAGCACGCGGCUCAGCAGGGACCCCUGAAGAGGAGUGAGUGGGCAAAGAGGAAGAAGAGGCUAAUGCACUUCUUAACUGGGAAUGUAAAGGAGCCUCAUUCAGGACGAGACUGUGACGUGGGGGCUCCACAGCCCAGGCUGAACAAUCUCAGCCAAACCAUUGAAAGCCCGUCACUCAGAGCGCUGGGGGAAGGCCAAGAGGAAGCGAUAGCCAAAUACGGGCAGAUGACAGAGCUCCAAGAGUCCUCCUCCUCAGCAUCACGGCCCCUGUGGCAGCUGAACCAGAGCACCACGUCCCAGCCUGUGGAGGUCUGUGUGCGUUGUCUGAGGGCCACCAGAGACAAGCUUCCCAGGGGCCUCUACUCUGUCAGCGUUGGCCUUCACAGUCGUCUAGGGGGUCAAGCUUUGGAUUGGUGCAGUAAGAAAGAGCAGCAACAAUGGGCGGUGUCCACUGAGCCAAUGGAGCCGGGGCGUUACUACGACACAGACCUGCAUGUUAACCAGAGUCUGUUUGUGAUCUUACCUGCAGCCUGUGAGGUCGUUCCGUCCAUGGUCCUGGUAUUCCAACUGAUCGCACUCCCAGGGCACCGCAGCCACGUCAGCUCGGUGAUAGCAUGGGGAGCAUUUCCUGUUUGUGGACUGAACCUCGGACAGGUCCAAGGGAGGUUUAAAACCCCUUUGCUCAGAGGGGAACCAAACAGACAAGUGGACCGGUUUAAAGAAAUUGAAGCCCUCAUUUCCUCUGAUUUAGACCACUGGCUGUGCAACCUGUACUUCCAGUCCCAGUUAAAUCCCCAGCAGCAGCCGCAUGCGGGCCCCAGCAGCCGAGCAGGAGAGCCUGCUGUGGUACACUCUCACCGGGGGUCUCCUCUCCACCUGUCAGCUGACUCUGCUUGCUCUUCCUCAUCUUUGCCAGGCAAGAAUUCCUCCUCGGGAGCCAUUUCUGGAAACAUGGGCGAGAAGAGCGAUCCAUGCCGGGAGAAAGCGGAGGGUGGGAUUCACUACAAGAAGAAGCCAAUCAAGAAGACAAAUAGCUGCGGCCCCAGCAUGAGCGGCAGCAGCGCACCGCCACGGCAGGCAGACAAACAGAAGAUGCAGAACCUCUCCGCGGAGGAGAUGGAGGAGUAUACAUUCUCCCUACAAUCCGCGCUGCCUGGACCCGUCUCUCGCCCCUCACGCCUCUCUGACCGAGCCUGCCUGGCCCUUCGCAUGCUACCUUCCCAGCUGGGCCUACCGUUGCCUGGGCAACAACAGCCGCAUAGAGGCUGGCGUGGCUCCGUUCGGCAGCUCGGCCUCAUUAUGCUGCUGCUGGCUUUGAUGUGGUUUGUGAGGCUCUACCUGCAUUACUGCAGCCAGUGGCUCUACCUCCAGGCCAUCGCAGUUCCUGUCAACAAAUUCCAGUUCCACGCACACACGGUGGACCUGGUGUACCAGGGCUCUCUGCUCCACACCCGGGAGGAGCUGGCGAUGGUGGUGGUGGGUCCCCUGACCUUGAACGCAGUAACGUUCCUGCUGGUUCUGAUCAGAUGGGGCUGUCAACAGAUAUUUGGCUCACUCCCUUCCUUCACGUCAAAGUUUAUCAUGGCUCAGGGAGUGUGGACAGUCCUCGACCCCCUGGCAGUCUUUGCAGUGGACGCCGUCCUCGGGCGUCUGGCCUACAGCCCGGACACACCGGUGGGUGAUGCAGCCAAGCUGUACUGGCACUUCUAUCGAACCGACCAAUCAGGUGCAGCUGGAGUGAUCAUCACACUCUUCUUGUACGCAGUCCUUUUCCUGCUCUCCAUCACCAUCCUGUCCAUUUACCUCCUCAGAUUCCACAACAAUGGCCGCAUGCUGGACGUCUUUCAGAGGCUUACAGCCAAGGAAGGGACGUACUUCCUGCCUGAAGACCUGGAGCUGUCCAAUCAGGAGCUGAGCUACAUUGUUAAGAAAGCGGAGCAGUGGAGAGGCUUUAAUGGGGAAAGGCGUAAGGUUGCAGUCUAUGACUAUAUAUGGACAGCGGAAGACCCAUCAGCAGGCUCUGCACCCCCCAGUGAAUACCCCAGAGAGGGCAGAGUCCUCCCAGAGGGAGACACCAGCACCCAUGUGACAAUCUACACCCUAAACCUAAGUGGGAGGAAACAAAGAUACAGGCACUUCCUCAGGCAACCCGAUGGGGCUAUUAUUGAGGUGAUUGGGGACAUGGAGGGGUUCGAUAAUUCCACCAGGAUAGUGUCUUCCCAAGGUCAGGGGUCUGCUGACAGAAGAGAGCACAAGGAAGGUGAAAGUGUUCCACUGCAGCUACGCAAAAGGAGGAGACUAUUUGGAAGGUGCCAUCGUGUUGAGCCGGUAGGAGGAAGUGGGUGUGGCUCCAGUUUUGCACUGCAGGACCUCAACCAAUGA